AUGAUCUUAUAGUAUUCUUUGGAUAUUUUGAUAGGUGAACCACCAAAAAUUGAAAAAAUACGGGACAUGUUUCUUGUAUGCUUUGGUUAGAUUUUGAUUUAUUUAAAAUUGAUAAGAGAAAGUUUAAUUAUUUGUUAGUAUUUGUAAAAUCAAAAAAAAUGGAGCUUUUAUUUUGUUGCCAAAUCAAAAUGUGGUAUGGCAUUUCAUCUUGAAUGUGCAAGGAGAUCUUAAUUUUAAAUGGAAUCUGAUGAAAUCUAUUGUUUUAAACAUUUACCACUUAAAAUUAAAAGAACUUUUGAAAACUAACACUAUUUAUGGAAAGAGGAAAUUUACAAUUGUUUUUCAAAUAAUAUGAAAAAUUAGAAUAAUUCUUGAUUAAUAAACCUAAAAAUUAUGAUUUAGAAUUAAAAAAAUUGGAAAUUAAAGUAUUAUAAGAAGAAAUAUAAGCAGAUAUUAAAUUAGAAAAUGAAUAACUUUUUUAAUAAAUUACAAAUAUCAUGGAAUAAGAUGAAAAAUUCAUAAUUUGUUUAGAAAACAAUUAAGUUACUAAUAUUUAAUAUCCUUAUAAAAGAUUAUCUAUUUAUGAUUUAGAAGAAACAGAUAGAAUAUGGUAGCAAUUAACUAAUUAGAAAUACAAUUCAGAAUAAAUCUAUAUUAUUUAUUAAAGAGCCAUUAGGAUGAAAAAGAAAAAGAAUUUAUAGAAUAAAAUAUCUCAAUUAUAAAUAAAUAAUAUAUAAGUAUUACCAAAAAGAAAAAGACAUUUAAAAUAUUUAAGACCUAUAAUAUUUAAACAUCAUAGAAAAUAAUAAAAGUUAAAUAAUAACAUUUCAUUAAAAUUAAAAAUUCCAAAAGAAGCCAUUAAUUUAUAAUAUUGUAUAUGUAAAUAAUAUAAUGACAAUUAAGAAAUAAUAUUUAUAUAUAAUUGAUUAUAUUAGAAUGUGAAAUAUGUUCAGAAUGGUAUCAUUUAAGUUGUUUGGUAUUUCUAGAAAGCAUUGAGGAGGCAUAAAAACUGUUAUUAUAUUGUUUUAAAUGUGAAUAGAAACUUACUAAAGAAUAAAGUAAAUAUAUAAGGUGA